UUUAUUGGCUUCAAAUGACCAAAUGGCUCCCCUUAUGUCCGAAACAUCGUGGCCAUAUUUUUAAGUGAAUUUGGCAGCUGUCAGGUUCCUGCGGAGCACAGCUGUGGUCAUUCAUUCCUCUCGUUCUCUCUCCCUCACAUGCUCUAUGAACCCAUCCAGUGGUCAGAGAGAAACAGCUGUUGUGUGUCACUCUGAAGUUAUGGGUCAGCAGCACCCAGAAUAGCACGAAGACAGAGUCCCGCAGCACUUCUUGAGCUCUUCUGUUAGGUUUGUGAGGAUAUCGGGCAAAUCUGGAGCGCGUUACUGUACGAAAAAUCCUUGAGCUCGGAUGGAGGAUCAGGACAGGGUCAGCCAGGCCUCCAGCAGCGCCACAGUGUCCUUCCUGCCGGUCAGAGACAAGUGCCAUGAAAAAGUGCAGACGUUUGGAAAGAGAUGUCAAGCGGCGAAGAGAGACCCCAACUGUGCCGUGGUGAUCAGAGGAUGGCUGUACAAGAGGGACAGCACUGGACUCAAAUUAUGGAAAAGAAGAUGGUUUGUUCUCUCCAAUUACUGCCUGUAUUAUUAUAAAGACAGCCGUGAGGAGUCUGUCCUGGGCAGUAUUCCUCUUCCCAGCUACCGGAUCCUCUACUGCUCCCCCAGGGAGUGCAAGAACCGCAAAUAUGCGUUCAAGGUGGUUCAUCAGGGCAUGCGGCCGUACAUCAUGAGCGCUGAAACCCAGGAGGACAUGCUGGGUUGGGUCAAGGCUCUCAGCCAAUCAGCAAGCAUGGAGGCUGAUGACAUCAUCAACAGGCGCUGUGCCAGUUUUCAGGACUUCACUCAGAUGGGAGAUAACGCCGAAACCAUGGAGCUCCAGCACACGUUUCCAAAACAGGCCGUCACAAAACUGAGCAGGGUCCAGACAGAACCGACGCUGCUGGAUCAGGACGGGACGGGAAUUAAAAUGAAGACACCAGAGCUGAGAGGAAGACACGAGAGCAGAGCGAUCGCACCUGAAGCUACUAAGUAUUCUCAGACUUUACUGAACGCAGAAGAGGAGCCUCUUUCCUUCCUACAUCCGAAGGCAACCUUCAAGCAACCUUCAUUUCUCAGAGAUCAGUAUGGGUCUCCGUGUCAGGGUAACGUGGGCAGAACAGAUGUCUGGCCCUUGGAUAACUGCUCGAGUGCUCCAAUAUCCCCCUGCAUCUACACAGAGAGAGGACUUCUGCUCGACAAGCCUGAGUUUCCAUGUUCUGUGUGCUACUCUUCCAACUACCACACGGCAGAACACGUGGCCAUGUGCAAGGUAGGUAAACCAGACAUCGUCCUAGAGAGAGAAAUCCAACCAAUCAGAGAUCUGGAAAACGAUACAGAUGUGGUUCUGACCCGUCUGUGUGGUUGUGAUAAACUGCUGCAGUCCGUCUCUAUGCAGCUGGCUCAGUUACAGGCAGAUAAGAAAAGCAUUGAGUAUACCUUGGAAAUCAAAUGGCUGGGGAUGGAAGACGGACUUCACGGAGAGCAGGAAGUAUCCCAGAAGGCUUUGCUUCAGGAGGAGCUGGUUACACUCAGAGCCAGAAUUUGUGAUUUGUCAUCGGAGAUGGACAGCUUGUGGAGUGAUUAUGAACGGAUGGAGAGCGAGCUGUCAGUUUUUCACUCUCAUCUCCAGCACAUCCUUCACUUUGGAACGCCGCAGGAGCAGAUUCAGGCUCAGAGGCAGCUCUGGAUGAUGGAGGACAUCUUGUGCGGUUUGAGGCUGAACAAGAACCGCUUUAUGGCCUUACUGGGUCUGCAAAGGCCGGGUGCUCCUCAGCCGAAACCCGUUUCCUACUUUGAGGGCGAGUUAGGAGGUCUCGGCAUGGAGUGCUUGACCGAAGCGGAGCAGCAGGACUACAUGAAGAUUCACCAGAGUUACAAGAAAUGGACCCAAGAGAGUCCAGCCAGUGACAGCCGGAUGAGUUCUGAACAGGACGCCUCCCAUGAACCGCUGCGUCUGACCCGCGUUGUGACUUCUACCCUCCCGUCGUCUCUAAUCGCAGAACGCAUUUACGUGGAUGACCCCUAUGCUGAGCCACCCGAACAAAUCAGUCUACAGUCGGGACUGAGGAGCAGCCAGAGGAGAGCAGCAAAGAAACCCAGCAGAACUCUGCAUGAGACCGCUGACAAAAACAGACACUUACACUGGGCCGACGGACCGGAAGAGAUGCAACAAAAGAAACCAGCUCCGAAUCACUACACCGGUGCCAGAGAGAAGGCCCUGGCCGACAGAAAGGUCUGGACACACCGUCAACAAGAGCUUGAGCCUGGAGCCUUGUGCCUCACAAACUCUGAGUCUGACUGCGACGCUGCCGUGAGCUCUCACAAACGACAAACUAAACCCAGACACACGGAUAAAAGAGACAGAAAUAUGAGUGCCGCCAGAGAGCACUUCAUAGACGACAUUCAUCCCUUGAAACUCAUUACAGCCAGUGAAAAGGAGUCAGAGAAGUACACAGCAGAUUCUGCUGUUGUAAACUUUAGUAACGGCUACAGCGGUGACAAGCGCAAAUUUAAAAGCCAGAGCAGUGAGUCGGCCAACCUAAUAAAGCCACAAUGUGGUGAUGCAAAAGCCCACAAUGAAUUCAAGGACAAAACAUCGCAACAAUCAUCUCGCAACGACAUUAUCGUCAUAGAAAGCCACUCUAUCAAUCAUAUUUCAACUCUUACGGUGUUUAAGGGGCAUCAGGGAAACAAUCAAACGCACAAACCUCAUAAAAAGAACAGAAGUUCUGACCGACAGAAGUGUUCGGUCUCCACCAACAUGAAAUCUGAAUGUUUUCUGACAAGUAACAGACAGAGCGAGUUAGUCCCGGUCUACGUUCACGACGCAAAACCUCUGGAAUGUAUCCCUCCAGCGGAAAAUCAACAACCAGGCCAGGGAACCAAUCAAACGCUUGAUAAACCAGAGGAAGCAGACUGUGGGCGGAGCCAUAGUCCAAAAACAAUAUACGAAAUGGCACAAGCUCAUGGAAUAAAAGAAACGCCCAAUCAAUUGCCAGAUGCUCAACCAAUCACAUCGUCUGACAAUCAUUUGACACCCCCUUCUGAUCAACCCAAGCCAGAGCUAUGCAUUUAUGAGGAAAUCCAAUUCUGCUCACCAAGACCAGCAGACGUUGAAGAGAAUCAGAGGAAACAAACCAGUGGAGAUGAAACACCAACCGAACCUGGACCGUCUCACACUGACGCCAAUGGAGAGCGCAGUCUGAAAAACCCAGAGAAAAGUCAAGCAGGAAGUGACGCUACGUGCCAGAGAGAGAAAAAGCAGAACGUUUACAGCUCCUUAAUAAAAAGCUCAGUGAUAAAUCAUCACGUUCAGGACUGCAGGCCGCGGAUAACCGUGGUCAGCACCAGCCUGUAGAUUAGAGAGAGGCUGCAGAAAGGGAAGAGUCAACAGAAAGCAAACCGUAAAGUAUUAAACAGACAAUUUAAAGCUUAUAUAUAAUCAUAUCAUUUCUUGUGAAAGCGCAGUUUUUGGUGAGAAUGGGUCACAUUGGUGCUUAUGAAACACUGUGAUCAUUUUUGUGUCAUUUAGCAUCUGUUAUAGAUGCACAUGCGUACAUUUCUUUAACCACCAAGAUAACGCCUCUAACUGCAUAAAACUCUUAAGGUUAAUACUUCUCACUUUAAUCGGUUAUCUGCUUUUUGAUUCGUUUGAUCAACGAUAAUCUCUUUAGUGGCUUAUUAAUGGCUUUCUGUGAUUUUUCCAAGUAAGACAGUCAUCCUUGAUCAACACUUUUGUUAGACUUCCUACAAACAGACACAUUUUUACAAUUUCCUCAAUGUAAAAGUACGACUAUCUGUCUGGCAGAAGUAUCGGUCUAGAAGCAAAUAAAAGUUGUUAAUCUAGGAAAAUGCUCUACGUGGCAAAAGUCAUAAUAUAUUAUAAGUGUUUUUAUUCAAAUAACUUUGUACUUUCAUUGCAGUGUUAUGUAAUGCUGUUUUUGCAUGCUAAUUAAAUCUUGUGUUUUGAUCCUAAA